AUGUCCCUCUUUUCCUACGUCGCCUCGGGCAUCAGCUCCUUCGUCGUCUUCACACUCUCGCUCUUCGCCCUCGGCCAGAAAGUCCCCCGCGCCGCCUUCGUCGCCCGGUGUCUCGCCGCCUAUGGCUCCCUUCUCCUCUGCGCCACCUACGGCGUCCUAGCCUCAAUUGUGCUCCGUAUCGCUGGCUACGGCCGCAUCUCCCAAUGGGCCACCGCGCGCAGUUUCAAGUGGGUUAUGCGCUACACCACCGGCGUGCGCUUCAACAUUGUCGAAGGCGCUGAACACCUGAACACCCGGCCCGCCGUCUUCAUUGGAAACCACCAGUCCGAACUGGAUGUGCUCAUGCUCGGCUACAUCUUCCCUCCGUACUGCAGCGUCACGGCCAAGAAGUCCCUCAAACAUAUUCCCUUCCUCGGCUGGUUCAUGGCCCUCUCUCGCACCGUCUUCAUUGAUCGUGCCAACCGCGAAACGGCCGUCAAGGCUUUCGAUAGUGCUGCCGAUGAGAUGCGCAACCAUCGCCAGAGUGUCUUCAUCUUCGCCGAGGGCACGCGCAGCUACUCUGAUACUCCGGAGCUGUUGCCGUUCAAGAAGGGCGCGUUCCAUCUGGCGCUGAAGGCGGGUGUGCCCAUUGUUCCGGUCGUUACGGAAAACUACUCGCAUGUGCUCUCUCCGCGGAAUAUGAGGUUCGAGCCGGGCACGAUCAAGAUCAAGGUCCUCCCCCCAAUCAGCACUGAAGGUCUCACGACCGCCGACAUCGACGCUCUGACCAAGUCCACGCGCGAGUCCAUGCUCAAGACCCUGCUCGAAUUGGCCGAGAAGAACGACCAGGAGGUGGAGUCGACGGUUGCCGCUAAUGGCAAGUCCACUGCUGUGGAGCUGUAG